ACUGUAGCUUUUCAUAAUAUACAAGUGCGCUGCAGGAGCCUGUUCAUACGUGUCCUCCCAACUGAAAAACAUUACGGGGAAAAAGUUAGAAGAUUUGAUGACAAAAUGCCAGCUUUACACUGGAAUAACCACCCAUGACAACCGGAUCUACAAGGCUAUUGAUCUAUAAGAAUUAAGAAAUAAACAAACCAAAAUGAUAAGAGUUGGACUUAUUGGAGUUUUGCUAAUACCCCAGACAAUAGGUUCAACAGGUUGCCAGCCCCAUGUCAAUCUUAUUAAAGAGGAAGAAAAAUGCCUUUUACUCAAGCCAGAUUUCGCAACAAACUGUUCUGCUCUAUGGGACCAUCUCAACUGCUGGCCCCCGUCUGUUCCUGGACAAACCGUCUCCCAGCCUUGCCCUGACUUCUUCAACUCAGAUGGCAAAGUGGAACGUAACUGCACGGUUCAAGGCUGGACGGACCUGCUUGUCCCACAUGAGGAAGCUUGUGGAUACAAUUUUAACAAGACUCUGGCCUUUUUGGGGGAGCAGGCGUCAGAAACCCACAUGUACUUCUCUUACGUGAAGACCAUGUACACGGUCGGAUACGCACUCUCACUCAUCUCCCUCACCAUCGCCAUCACUAUUUUCUGUCUGUUCAGAAAGCUCCACUGUACGAGGAACUACAUUCACAUCCAGCUCUUCCUGUCCUUCAUCCUGAGGGCCAUCUUCAUCUUCAUCAGAGACUCAAUGCUCUUCACUAAUGAGGAGCUGUACCACUGCGACUACUACCCGGUGGCGUGUAAGGUGGUGCUGAUGUUUUCAAACUACUCCAUCCUGGCCAACUACAGCUGGCUGCUGUCGGAGGGUCACUACCUGUUCACUCUGAUCACACGCUCAUUCUUCUCACUCAAGAAGCACCUGGUCUGGUACAUCAUCCUCAGCUGGGGAGUUCCGCUUCUGACCAUUUUCUGCUGGGGAACCGCUAAAUAUUUUUGUGAAGACGAAGGGUGUUGGGAAACCAGACGACAUGAGUGGAUCUGGUGGAUCCUCAGAGUCCCAGUGCUCCUGACCAUAACUAUGAACGUCAUAUUUUUCCUGGGGAUUUUGCGGAUCAUUGUGAAUAAACUCAGAAUGCCCGAUGCCCAACGCAACGAGCUCAAACAGUACAAGAGGCUGAUCAAGUCCACCUUCUUCCUUGUGGCUCUGUUUGGUCUGCAAUACAUAGUCUUCGCCUUCUUACCGGUCUCUGUGAGCAGUUUGAUGUUCAAGAUCUGGACAUUUGCAGAGCUGGCCCUGUCGUCCACACAGGGUUUUGUGGUGGCUGUGCUCUACUGUUUUCUGAAUGGAGAGGUUCAACAUGAGAUCCAGAGGAGGUGGAGGAGAUGGAGGAUGACGAGGCUUCUCCCCAGCAGACCGAGGCAGUACCGGGGGUCCAUCAGCCAAAGCGGGUCCCCCCUCACACAGGUCUCCAUGCUUCCCUGCUCUCCAUCGUCGCCCGUGAAGCCUACAGACACUGCGUACAUGUAACUCAUUUAGCACGGU